GGUCACGUGACGAGAGGACCCAAACAGGAAGCCGGAGAAUGGAGUGAGGAUCUCUUGAGUCGUAAAGAUGGCGGCCCCAACUGAAUGAAUCCGUUUGGCGCUCCCAGGGCUGGCGGUAGGAGCCGGAGAUCUGGCUUAUCAGAAGAUGACAGAGACGCGACGCUGUGAGAUGAGCGUCACGCCUCGUUCCGGGCCCUAAUGCUUUACGUUAUCGGCGCUGUAACGGGCUUCAUGUGUGUAUUUCUCAUCACCAUUAAGUUCCUGUGUGAGCUCAGUUCACGAGUUCUCACUUUCUGGCACCAUGAGGGCCGAGAGCGUGGACCAGAGAGAACCAUUUACAACUAUGUUCGGGGGAAGUACUUGGAGCCGCGGGCCUGCCACGUGUCCUGGGACUGGAAGGAACCGUGUGAAGUGGGACAGUCCAUGGCCUUCCGCAUACAUUUGUUCUACAGGAACGGCCACCCGUUCCCUCUCGGCAGCACGGUGACUCUACGGGUGCGGAUCACGCACACAGAAUUCACUUUGGAGGUUCCCGUCACUCUAGAAAUCCUACCUGAUCCUCCGAGGAACGUGGUGAAAGCCUCUUUCACUGUACGGAGGUCGGGGCGAUACCAGAUCAGCAUCAGCAUUGGGGGACUCGGUGUGGGGCUCAGUCCGUACUACAAGGUCUUCCAGCCUGGUGUGAUAGUACCAGCAAAAACCCAGAUUUUGUCGCAUUUCUCCACCUUGGUUCUAACAUGCGGAGAGCAGCACACGCUACAGAUCGCACCGUGCGACCAGUACAGCAAUCCCACCAGUGACGGCUUAAGAGAUCCUGAGAGCUACACCCUGACUCUGAGUGAGCUCGGUGUUGUGGGCAUGGCCGAUGGCUGCAGCCAGAUCUCUCUGUGUAAUGGCCGACAGAACCGCGUUCUCCUCCACCUGACGCUGCACCAGACCGGCUGCUUCCAGGCAGCUCUACGAUACCACGGACAGCUGAUAAGCAACGGGCACUUUAAUAUCAUUGUCCUGAGCGACGGCGAGAAGGCAGCUGUGGAUGACAACGUGUCGCGAUCCGGGGUGGGGGUGUUUUUUGAAGGUUAUCUGUACCCAACUUCAAGCCCCACGAGCUUACCGGCGCACCAGAGACCGUCCUCCCCGAGCCAGAGCGAUGAGUCUGCGCUUUCCUCCAACGCACCUGCCCUCGAAAGGGUGAAGAAACCCAAAAAAGUCUAUUUCUACAUUUCCCCCAAGCAACUGUCUGUGAAAGAAUUCUACUUGCGGAUAAUUCCUUGGCGGCUUUUCACCUUCAGAGUUUGUCCGGGGACCAAGUUCCUGUACCUGCCCCCAGACCCCCUGCAUGGAUUAUUGUCCCUGCAGGUGGAUGACGGACUUCAGCCUCCAAUAGCGAUCAGCUGCAGGGACAGGAACAUCAUGGCUGCCACCUUCAUCCGCUUCCUGCACCUUAAUAUUGGUGGAUCUGAGACAUUCCAGGACAAAGUCCUCUUCUUCCAGAGAGAGCUCCGACUUCUUCACUGCAAGAAGAACCGGGGGAAAAUCACACUGAGAGUGAACAGGAACUCGCUGCUGGAGAGUUCUUUCCGAGCAACGCGGAAUUUCUCUGCCUCCGACUGGAGCAAAAACUUUGAAGUCAUUUUUCAGGAUGAGGAAGCUCUGGACUGGGGAGGGCCGCGCAGGGAAUGGUUUGAAUUGGUUUGCAAGGCUUUGUUUGAUACAAACAACCAGCUCUUCACUCGUUUCUGUGACACUAACCAGGGCCUAGUUCACCCAAACCCGUGUCGCCCCCCCGGGGUACGUGUGAAGCUGUACGAGUUUGCAGGACGGCUCGUGGGCAAAUGUUUGUUUGAGUCGUCCCUCGGGGGAGGAUACCAGCAGUUGGUGAGAGCCAGAUUCACUCGCUCCUUCCUGGCACAGAUCAUCGGACUGCGCAUGCACUAUAAGUACUUCGAGACGGACGAGCCGGAGUAUUUCCAGUCCAAGGUCCUUUACCUUCUGUCACAUGACGUCUCCGACACCGACCUGGUUUUUGCAGAAGAGAAAUACGGCCGUGGGGGGCAUCUGGAGAAGGUGGUCGAGUUGAUCCCAGGGGGCUCCCAGGUCCCUGUAACCAACGAGAAUAAGAUUUAUUACCUGAAUCUUCUCGCUCAGCAUCGGCUCUGCAACCAAGUGCGAGAGGAGGUCGAGCAUUUCCUGAAGGGACUGACGGAGUUGGUUCCCGAGAAUCUCCUGAGUAUUUUCGAUGAGAAUGAACUGGAGCUCCUUAUGUGCGGCACGGGCCACAUCGCCGUGCAGGAUUUUCAGGCGCAUGCUGUGGUUAUUGGCGGCUCGUGGCACUUCCGGGAAAAGGUGAUGAAUUGGUUCUGGGCUGUCGUCUCCAGUCUGACUCAGGAGGAACUAGCCCGUCUCCUGCAGUUCACCACCGGCUCUUCUCAGCUGCCCCCGGGGGGCUUUUCCGCCCUGUGCCCCAGCUUCCAGAUCAUCGGCUCACCAGCCCACGGCACGCUGCCCACGGCCCACACUUGCUUUAACCAGCUCUGCCUGCCCAGUUACGACUCCUACGACGAGAUGCACAAGAUGCUGAAGCUGGCCAUCAGCGAGGGCUGCGAGGGCUUCGGGAUGAUCUAGCCCCAGCGCACUCUGCCCUCAGGCGGCUUAACGGGUUGGGGUAGAAGGCGUGGAGGCAACGUUUGUUUUCCCAACGGCUCUGGCCAGGCAUUCGAUUAACCCCGUGAGAGACACGUUACGGACACAGCACUGGAACGUUAGUUGAUUCUUUAUUGGCUUAGACAUGUUAAUCGAGAUUUUAUUAAAACACAUUAAAAAAAAAAAAAAAAACAA